ACAACAACUCAGUCUUCUUCAAUAAAGCCUCCAAUGAAAUGCCAGUUGGUUUGAUAUGACGAUCUUUAUUUUGAUCUCAGAUGAACCUUAAUUCUAUCAAUAAUUCAGGUUAUUUUCUCGACCUUGAAUGACAUCAUGGAUAUACUACAACCAUCUACAUAUACCUAACCCUAAACUUCGCGAACAAGUCAAAGAGGAGAUCCACGAAGGCGACAAGGGAGGAAAGCCCGGCCAAUGGUCUGCACGAAAGGCCCAGUUAACUGCUGCUGAAUACAAGAAACGCGGCGGCGGCUACACAACCUCCAAAGACGACAAGAAUGCGAACCAGAAGGAUCUGGACAACUGGACAGAAGAAGACUGGCAGACGCGCGAGGGAAGCGGUACAGCGAAACAGGAAGAUGGCUCACGCAAGCGAUAUUUGCCAAAGAAGGUGUGGGAAGAUCUGAGCGAGGAGGAGAAGAAGGAGACCGAUGACAAGAAGGUGGCUGCUUCCAAGGAGGGGGAACAAUACGUCCCUAAUACAGGAAAGGCACGGUAUGCCUUGAGAGAUAGAAAGUAA